AACGCGCUGACAUAGUCGUCGCUAUAGGUCAGAGGGGCCGGAGCGAAUUGUCGAAAUCUUUUUCUCGCUUCGCGGAAUCCUAAUCCUUUGAUAUUCUCUCGGCUACAGCGGGAUGCGUUCAGACACGGCGAAUGCUAAAGAUAGUGUAACGCGCUCUGUCUGUCUCUCGCUUUCGUUUAUCGCACUCUCUUUUUUACCGAUCGUGAGUGGGAGUGUCCACGUGCUGUUUUUGCACGAAGCGUAGAAGUUGCCUGACCGUCAGUGAGCCAGUUUCGCAGCUCAGCCGGCGCCGUCAAAUCUUCUUCGCGAUACUCUGCCAUUCAAGUGCGAUGAUUACUGGUCGUGUUCGGUUUGCAAAUGAAUGCUGAACAUCACCGUCGGAUUUUAAUGUUGUUUUACUCCUUUGGAUGGCGUGACAAUCGGUAGAAAGAAUUGUUUCUCAGGAACUUACGCUCGCUUCACAUUAGCGGAAGUGUUAAUCAGUGCAUUCAGAUAUGAGAGAAAAAAAGUCGGAUCGUGCAGCUCGCGUGCGGUUGUUCGAUUCUUGCACGUUCGCUGCGGGUCAUUAUGUUUUUCCUCGUUCCAGUGUGUGGAAAUGUUUUUUGUGCUAAUGAAUCGUCUCGAGUUUAACACAUUCACCAUCAAUUCUGCCACGGCCAAAUUCAUUCUUCCAGAAAACUCCGGUGUGAUGACAGGGCAUCGCUACAACCUUUGUAUAAACGGAAGACCAUCUUCCAAGAGGAUAUUUGUCACGGUCUGCUUCAUAAUGUGUCCGAUCUGUACAAUAUUGUUACUGAACGUUCACACUCCUGACUUCAAACAGUAUACUUCAAGUACAAAUUUAUCGCCGGCUUACAGUUUGACAAACACUGUAAACUCGCCCUUGUCUACCAAGGACGAUUUUCCCGUCACUCACCCGUCCAACGACGAAACAACGUUGAUCAACUUGACGAACUUCCAGUUCACGAUUAACCACGAUCCCUGCAAGAACAGCCAGCCCUUGAUAGUGGGUUUAAUUCAUUCCGCCCCAAGGAAUUACGCGAAGAGAAUGACUAUCCGCGAGACGUGGGGAAACAAGGUUCACGGAAUCGUGGCACUUUUCUUCGUCGGUAUGACGUCUGACUUGCAAAGCAAGCUGGAGGAAGAGGACAAGACUUACGGAGACAUCGUUCAAGGGAAUUUUGUGGACUCUUACAGAAACUUGACCUAUAAACAUGUGAUGUUGCUCAAAUGGGCCAAGUACCACUGUCCGAACGUCAAAUACGUGCUCAAGCUGGAUGACGACGUCUUCGUUAAUACACCCGCAAUGCUUGGGUCCAUGGCUCGCAACAUGUCACUUUGGGGUACGAAUCGAGUGAUGCAUUGCAGCCCGGCAUUUUACAGAACGCCGCAGCGCAAAGCCGGCUUGAAAUGGACGGUCACGCAGGAUGAAUAUCCUGAAAAAAUGUACCCCGAAUACUGUUUGGGUUGGGUGAUAAUAUACACGAUAGAUACUGCCAUUUUUUUGUACGAAGAGGCGCAGCGUACUCCUUACUUUUGGAUAGACGACGUGCACGUAACCGGCAUUGUCGCAAAUAAGGUCAACUUAACUUAUACGUCGCUGAACUCGCAAAUUCUAAGGGGUAAAAGGCUCGCAGACUUCAUCAAGUCUCCGAAGGCUACGGUUGACUUCCUGAUCGCUGGACCGGAAUUGAGCGAGGCUGAUUCGAGGGCACUGUGGAAGGCGAUCGUCUCCACUCUGACCUAGGUCCACGUGUUGUAGUGCUCCUGUAAACAUUGACGAGGAGUUACAGUGAUAUUCAGCGUAUAUUGGUUCACAGUGACAUUACCGAGAAUGGAAUCCGCCUGAUCUAAUAUUAAUCUGAAAUUGAAUUUCUUCUGUCUGUGAUCGUGGCCUUAGGUUCAGAGGUACCAAUUUUGAUAGAUAGAUAUAACCGCGCAGAGGUCGAAAGUAAUGAAAUUGUUCUGUGCUAAGUGACGAGAGAAAUAUUUCACCGUUUUAAUUUGAAGUCUAAAAUAUUUAAUUCAGUAUCUUCGGUGUGAAGAUGUUUGUAUUAUACUUAAUUUCUCAGGUUUAUAUUCAAAUACAAAUCAGUGACAAUGGUUUAUACCCUAA